GACUCCGGGACGGCGCCGACGACCCCGAGCAAGCCUUGGACUUCAGCUCCUUGGGCGCCCUGACGUCGGUGCCUGCGCUCGCGAAGUUCGACGAUGACAACUUCUUGCUUUGGGGCUCUGGGGCAGGCCCAGCGGGCGGGCGCAUCCCGGCGCACGGGGCCACAGUCAACACCGAGCUCAUGAGCUCCUGCAACCUCUGGCUCGCCGACGGGACGUUUCGGAUGGCGCCGGGGCCAUUUUCGCACGCGUGCACGGCCCGCGCCUUCAGCAACGGCUUCACCAUCCCGUGCAUAUUCUUCUUGUUGCCAGAUAAGACCAGCAAGACGUACAGGCGCAUGUGGGACAAGGUCUGCGAAUUCAUCCCGGAGGGCGCGGCGAACAAGACCUUGCUCGUCGACUUCGAGAAGGCGUCCUACCAGCGAGUGCAGAAGAUCGGGCUUGCUACCAGGUGCCGCGAGAUCAAAGCGUUCCGCUUGCGCGCGAAGACGCUCCAAUGGUUGGCCUUCCUGCCGCUGGAGGAUGUCAUCGCUGCCUUCGAAAUGCUCGACCACGAGUUCGAGGACGGGGGGGCGCAGAUCCUGGAGUACCUCGAGGAGACGUGGAUCGGCAAGAAGCCCAGCCGCG